ACUGCUUUCGAGUAUAUUUGUAAGAAUUACAACAUUGCAGAACCAUCCCAUGAUCAACUCAGGGAAAAACUACGCAUGUUGUUCUGUAGCUUUAAAACGAGGUUUACAAAAGCCCAUAGAAGAAGUACCAUAAACUGUCUUAAAUUCUAAAACACCACAAACACCGUUUUUUAUUUGGUGGGGAAGGAGGGGGGGGGGGUCUUCAAAGAGAGGUGGAUUUUAACUCAAGAGGAAGGGGAGGGGGGUUGAAAGUAAACCAGAAACUAUAACAUAGCAUAAGCCGCCAUUCCGUGCAUCAAAUAGACAGAGCUACACCCAAAGGAAAAAUAUAUCUCAAAAUCUGCAACAUUGGAUUUGCUGCAGAAAAUGUCACAUUUUAUAACAUUUUUUUGCAGCAAGCCCGUAGAUCAUUUUUGCCCGCGUGUAAACAUGUCAGCGAUCUGCAGUUCUCACCAACACAUAUAAUGCUGGCCCGUCCCCGAGCAACACUCCAAAGAGAAGCAUAUGUUGGUGCUCUUUCACUCACUUUUCAUCUAGUGUCCAUGGCGCGGUGGUAGCGUGUCGGAUCAAUAACCAAGAAGUUGGUGGUUCAAUCCUCGUUCAGCUAAGUGUUUUUUAUUGUGAAAUACAAUCAAAAAGCCGUCGGUAAUGUCGAUAAUUGUCGGUAACGGGCAAAAAUGUCAUACCCCUAUAUCGCAUAAAAUGCAUGAGGACAGAUUUCAUGCAGAUUCUGAUAUACUUUAAUUCCGCCAUGCAUCAUAAUUAUGCGACUGCCAGUUGGGUGCACGUAUUCAGACUAGUGCUUCGUUAUAUCGUAGAGGGACACUACGGUAUAACUAUCCAUAUUUUCAAAAGAACACAACAACUAACUGAUAUGAAUAUUCGAAGAAUUGUUUCUGUAAAAUACUUAGCAAAGGUAUUUUGAAUUUUAUAAAACGUACCUAAGUACCAACAGUCAUGAAUAUCAAAUCAAUUUUAAAACAUACAUAGCAGGUACUUCAUUUCUGCAGCAACAGGUAAAUAAUGUGCUUUUAACCAAGCGUGUACGCGAAAUCAUUAUUUUUUUGCAUGAAUCAAAAUGUUUAAAAUGGCAUAACUCAAAAAGUGCACAUUUGUGCACUUUGAAAUUUGGAGACAAGUUAGGACAUGGUUCAAAUUUUAAGCUGGAAAAUUUUCAGAUCGCACAAAUGCACAUAAAAAAGUACUUCAUUGACAAAGUUGAAAAAAACCUAAAUUUAAAAUAAAAAUUCAUAUUUUUGUAUUUUCUGUAUAUUUUUUAGCCUGUAAAAGCAUGACAGUUUAUCCCAUUGAGUGGAUUAUAUUGGCAAAUGACCACCUCAUGGUCAUCGAACUUUGGUUGCCGAUACGGAAAAGGCGCGGUUUGAUAUGUCGAAGGUUUUGGGUUCGAGUCUCGAUAUCGCCACUUUUUUUUUGGUUGAUGAACUGUUUUGAAAAUGAACCUAUGAAAAUAACGCUCUCGCUAAUCUCGGGAAUUAUCCUCUGUCCCGAGCAUGAGUAAAUAACAAGGGAAAUACGUAAUAAUACCUUUCUCUGAUAUCAAUACUAAAUUUUGGUAUUCCUGGACCCUCAAACCUCAAACUUGAUUUUAAACAUUUUUGAUAUACCUCCUAAAGAAAUUACUUGAAAUUGUGGAAAAUUUUCAAAGUCAGGAUGACACAUUUUUGUAUUAUUUUGGUAUUGAAGUGUUUUAUCAAAUUCCUCUGAAACUGUGGGAAAAUUUUGACCAAUUUUGACAAAAUAAUUUUGCGCUAAAAUGAUGUCUCAAAGCGAAUGCUUUUAUUGAAAACCGGAAAUUUCAAACUUGAUUUUAAACAUUUUUGAUAUACCCCUUAAAGAAAUGGCUUGAAAUUGUGGAAAUUUUUCAAAGUCAGGAUGGCACAUUUUGGUAUUAUUUUGGUACAUGGAAUCAUCAGGUGAGUAGAUUUGGCUUUGCAUAUGGAUCAUUUCCGUUUUUUUCACUAACUGCAACUGCUGCACUAAAAAAUGGCAUGAAAAUACCAAAUUUUGGUAUUACUUGUGCAAAUACCAGCGACCAAAAUGUGCUCUUGGUUGCCCAGUAAAUAGAUGAUAAAAUACAAUGAAAUCAUACCAAAAUCAUGUAUGUGAAAGACCACAGGAAUACCAAAAUCUGAUUUUCCAAGGUCGCGGGAAUACCUAAAAAUAAAACCAUGGCAAUACCAAGUAUUGGUAUUCAAGCAUUGUUCAAAAAUCCAGAAGACCUCAACUUGGUAUUGAAAUGGUUUUAUUUUGAGGUAUUAUUUUACCAUCUAUUACUGGGCAACCAAGGGCACAUUUUGGUCCCUGUAAUUUGCCCAAGUAAUACCAAAAUUUGGUAUUCCCGUGUUAUUUACCCCUGCUCGGUGUGUCCGUUCACAGUACCUUACCAGAUCGUGUUCUAUAUUCUCGCGGAUGGCGCAGCCCAACUUUGGGUGAACAUUGCUUUAGUUUGAAUUGAAUUAAAAUUUAUACAUUUUUUUAAUUUCAAUACAAAAAAAACUUUCUUUCCAGUCCAUGAAAGACCGUACACUUGAUCAACAAUGCACCGUAACGCGUCCUGCAGUAUCUUACAUUGCGUCGAGCUUAGCUGUUGAGCUAACAAUAUCUUUACUGCAACACAAACACAGGGAUUCUGUACCUGCAUACUACAACAUUUCAAAUACAACGGAUGAUCAUGGGGAUAUUCCAGAAGAAAUGUUAGGAAUCAUACCACAUUCAAUCCGAGGAAAUAUCGCGCUGUUCAGUUAUCUUAUAACAGCCAGUGAAAAAUUCGCUGAAUGCAUCGCUUGUUCGGAGUCGUGCCUGUCCUUUUUCACAGAUAUUGUUAUUUGUUUGUUUCUCGUCGGGCACCUUUCUGUGCGUGCCACUUAAGUGGGUCAUAAAAGUGUUGUCGGUUUUUCCCGUCCUACACAUCAUCCAUAUACGCUCCUAAUUGAUUUUUAUUUGUCUUCCCUUUUCUUACAUCUCUCCUGAUUCGUCUUUCAGGUAGUUAUACAAAACCUAAUAUUUUCGUUUUUAAUAAAACAGAGAAAAUCUACUGUGAAUUUUUCUGGUAAGGCGAGGGUCGCUUCAACGUCAACGACCGUCGUUCCAUCUCCGGCUACGCUUUCCGAGUCUUCGGAGGCACUGUGGCCUGGCAGACGCGCAAGCAGCAAAGUGUGGCGUUGUCUUCGACCGAAGCGGAGUUUGUGGCUCUCUGUAACGCUGUGUGUGAAGAAGUGUGGCUACGCAGAUUGUGUUGAAAUAUACAAACUUUUCAACAUUGGAACCACCCCAGUUAGGAAUAGAAUUCCGAGAUCCACUAUAGCUUACUCAAGAGCUUACUAGUCACAGUAGACUGAAUUUAUAGUAAGCUAACAGAGCUUUAUGGUAAACUACAAUUAAGUAGUAUUAGAAGAAGUGGUGUAAGUGACGCAUACAUGUAAAUAGUAAUAUUAAGUAAAAAAAAAUAUGGUAUAUAACACUAACGGAACACGGAGAAGAUUGUUUAUAGGAUUAGGAAAGACGAAUUACAAUUAUCUUUUGGAUGCACUAGAAGCAAGAGGUAUUUUCUUAUUCUACGCUUAAGAACGGGUUUUUUGAGAAGCACGUAACCUGCAACAGGUUAUGGGCCCAGCACACCUACUGGAAGCCCCACGUAGGUGAAAGAACUUUCUUUUGUUUAUAGGUUAAACCAACAACAAGUACGAGACGAUUACGAUGGCAGAUGAUAAGCAGAAAGUUUUGCUAAUUCCGACCUUCCACGGAGCGGUCAAGAUGGACUAUCCGUGUUGGAAGGUGAAGGUAUUGGGGUAUUGGUAUUGAUAAAAUUCCACCGGAAGAAGUGUACGCUGAACGUCCCUCGGGAGCGAAACCGGAAGAUGACGCGGAGAAGAAGCGAAUCGCGGCUUUCGAGAAGCGGCUCAAGGAGGACGACGCGGUGGUCAACAUCUUGUGGCUGUCUAUUGACAACGUGGCCAUAAAUCACGUGCUUGGUUAUCCAUACGCCAAGCAAAUCAUGGACAAGCUGGACCACGUGUACGAGCGCCAGGGACAGCUAACUCUCUUCGCCUACCGUCGGCAGCUGUACCGGCUGAACAUGACCAGCUUCGGGAACCUGACCGAACUCUUUACGGCCCACGAAGCAUUGAUCCGGGAUAUGGAGCGAGCUGGAGAGGGUGUCACGGACGAUGAAAAACGAUGCACCUUAUUGGCGGUGAUUCCGGACCAGUUCGAGAACACCAUGGACGCGUUAGCCGUAAUGAGGAAGGAUGACAUCAAGAAGAUGACCCUGGACGAGUUCAAGGGGAUAUUCUUAGAUGCCGAAAUGAAGAAGAAGCUGACCGACGGCGAAUCUGGACCUGGACCAAGCACGGCAAUGGCAGCUGGACGGAGGAAGGAUAAGCGGAGGUGUUACCGCUGUGGCAUAGCUGGCUACACUGCCAGGAAAUGCCGGCAAGAGCCAGAGCGGGUGGAAUUUCCAGCUGGCCGACGGCAUCCCAGCCCGCAGAGGUAUGGGAGAGUAAGUCCGCAGAGAUCCGGGAGAGCUAAUGCCUCCGGAGAGCGCAUAGUCCGAUUUGUGGAUGCGUCACCAGAGCGCGAACAUGGACGUGAGAAGUUUCACCAGGAACGCGCGAAUUUCGCACUUAUUGUGCAAACUGGACCAGCGCGGCAGAUUACCCAUGGAACAACUCAGCCGAUUGCCAAAAGAACGUCAGAAUCGUGGAGAGGACCAGAGAGUGCAAAUUGUUCGGCGAGAGGAAACACAACCAGAGUGGCAGACUGCCCAUGGUAGGCCAACACGGCGAAUUGCCCAUGUUCCGGUCAGGCCGAUAGCACUUGGACAACCAGCAGAGCGAGAGGCUCAUGGAGAAGAUCGAAGCGUGCAGCAGAAGCGGCGAGCCGCGGGGCAGCCAGCAAGGCAAGUUGUCUUUGGUGCAGAGAUACCAGCACUGCAAGCAGGCAGUAGCCUGGGAGAGCCGAAGCGAGCCAGAACGGUGGAGGUGAUUGUCAACUCGGGCGCCACCGACCAUAUGGUUAACGACCAUCACGUGCUCAAGGACUGCUGGGCAGUGGAUCCUAUUACCAUCACUACCGCGAAGGACGGUGAGAUUGUGGUCGGCAAGAAGAGAGGUGUAUUAAAACUGAAAAGUAUUUUGAAAGAACCAAUAUAGAAAUAGAGCAAUUCUCUACGAAAUCGGUCUUUUUUCUUCAAUUUUAAUUUUUGUAUUUUUUAAUCCGGCUGAAACUUUUUUGGUGCCUUUGGUAUGCCCAAAGAAGCCAUUUUGCAUCAUUAGUUUGUCCAUAUAAUUUUCCAUACAAAUUUGGCAGCUGUCCAUACAAAAAUGAUAUGUGAAAAUUCAAAAAUCUGUAUCUUUUGAAGGAAUUUUUUGAUCGAUUUGGUGUCUUCGGCAAAGUUGUAGGUAUGGAUACGGACUACACUGGAAAAAAAUGAUACACGAUAAAAAAAAUUUGGUGAUUUUUUUAUUUAACUUUUUAUCACUAAAACUUGAUUUGCAAAAAAACACUAUUUUUAAUUUUUUUUAUUUUUUGAUAUGUUUUAGAGGACAUAAAAUGCCAACUUUUCAGAA